UCCUCUGAGCCUCAAUAUGGGUGACAUUCUCCUGUACCAGGAUGGGUUCCACUUCACGCUGCAGACAGACUUUGGGCUGAUGUUCACUUCUGACCUGGCCUACAGCCUCUUCCUUACCCUGCCCCCAAAUUACAUGGGUCACACUUGUGGGCUAUGUGGGAACUUCAAUGGGGAUGCUCAUGAUGACUUCCAGCUGCUUCGAGGUUCCCACACAGGGGAGCCAGUGACUUACUCUGCCUCUAAAUGGAAGUCGGAUGCUGACUGUAAAGAAAAUUGUGCCAGUAGCUGUCCAGCAUGCAUGGCACCGGAACAGCUCGUGCCAGCCAAGGCCCAGUGCUGGAUCCUCCAGGACCCCCGGGGCCCCUUCUCCUCUUGUCACAGGGAGAUUGACCCAGAGCCCUUUGCCUCUGCCUGUGCCAAUGACCUCUGCCUCUCCACGGGGAACAACCAUGUCUUGUGCCUAUCCAUCCAGACUUAUGCUGCUGUAUGUCAGCGAGCAAACGUCACCAUCGGAGCCUGGAGGAGCUCCUCCUUCUGUGCUCCCCGAUGUCCCCGCCACAGCCACUAUGAACUUUGUGCCUGCCCUCGCCACCGCUCGUGUCCUGGCUCUGAGCUUAAAUGUGGGCUCCUGUGUGCUGAGGGCUGUGUCUGUGAUGAUGGGCACCUGCCCCAGGGUUACAGCUGCAUCCCAGCCCCAGAGCAUGGCUGUGGCCACCAAGGUCGGCAUUGCCUCGAGCUGAGCCCUGAGGAUGCUGCUGAGCUGCUGUGGAGACCUCGGAGUAGCCAUAUCUGUCUACAGAGGAACCACACAGACCAGAUCUGAGCCCAGUCCAUCCAGAGCUCAGAAAAUGGGGAACUGACAGCAUCGUCCACCCAGCAACAGAUCCCCCCAAACCAAACCUCUCCUAUAAUUCAACCCCGUCAUGCUGGAAACACCACCCCAAGCAUCUUCACAAGCCAGACAUCUGGCCCUCGCCCAAAGGCUAAGAGAGAAGAGCUGUUGAUUAGAUAGCUCUUUUGGCUCCCAAAGGUGGGGUGGGGUGGGGUGAGGAAUAGGAGAAUAAAAGCAACAGCAGA